CACACACACACACUCACAGUGUAGCUCGGCCGUCUUUCAGAGAGGGCCCGUGCUACAGGCUUCAUACAGGAAGACACACACACACUUGAUUAGGUGUUUCACACGCAUGUACAUGUUCGAUGUGCUGCCACCUCCUGGUCAGGGAAAUAGGUGGAGUGAAUGUUCAGUUCAUUUCAUUGAGUGUGCAAGAGCGAACAAGAGAGCGUGGAACAUGAACAGCGCGGUGAACAGUACCUUUGUGUGUGUGUGUGUGUGUGAAUGUGUUUGCCGUGAAUGCAUAUGCCUGUGUGUGUAGAGCACUUCCAUGUGUUUGUGUAUGGGUUCUGAACGUGUACUUCUUAUUUGCUUUAAUUCGUUGUGGUUUGAAACUGCUAGCUGCUACAGUGAGUCACAGCUUCCAGCGGCGAGAGAGUGAACCUUGCACACGAAAAGCUCUGUUACAGGAGACUGCAGAGAACUUGCAAAACACACACACACACACACAAACAAACAGAGGAUCCUCCCAAAACGCAUAUCUUCUCUUAUCAUCCUGUCCACCCCUGCCCAUACGUCUGGUUUUUGUCGGUCAGUAUCUUGAUCUCACGUCCAUCUGCCCUCUGUCUUCUCUCUCUCUUCCCACAAAUCCCCUUUUUUAUGGAUUGACUGAGUUGCAGAUCGCUCCUUGUUUUUGCACCGGGCUUCUCCUUCUACACGUAUAUAUCCUUUCACGUGUAAUGUUUUCUCCUUUUCAUUGUGGCCUGCAUGGCCUGACCAUUUCAAGUUAAACAUUGACUGGGCUAUUUAUCUUCCUGCUGUGCCAGGCUGAUUCAAAUAUUGACAUCAUCUUGGUAUGUCUACACACGCAUAGAAACACACACACACACACACAUGGCUCGGGCUUCGUGGAGUUGCAGGGAUGGAGAGAAAGACUGCAAGAGAAAAAAGGAUAAGAACCAUAAAAAGGGCAUGGUUUGGAAAAUUAUGGAGAGAGAGAACAUCUUUUAGGAAUUGCCUCAUGUGCUCUGGUUUGAGUUGUGUAACCACACUGACACACACACACACACACACACACACACACACACACACAGGCACACUGUAGUGCGGCCUGAUGAUGAUUAGCUAUGUUUAGGAAGCGAUCUGUUCUUUAUUCGGGACUUCAGAACUUGACCUGGAAUCACAUCAGCUUCUCUUCUAACCAACUUGAACCGCUGGAAUUGACUUGUUAAAUAUGUCCGUGCAGCAUCAUAGCAGAAUGAUGACAAUAUAAAUCACCGCAACCCACAACAAUCACUUACAAACCAGCAUUACAAGCACAGGCUCGGAGCGGUCGACCCUUCACAGAGGCUCGGGGGAGAAUUUAAAACUUGCAAGAGUUACUCCCUCCCAUAAUCCUCCAUUUCUUUAUGUAGCCAGUCUGUCUGUCUGCCCCUUCCCCACUGCUGCUUUGCCUCAAGUCAAAUGAAUGAAUGGCUUAAUAAAUUGGUUUAUCAUUAUAAGUCAGUCAGUCGCUUUGAUCCAGCGGUUUUACGGGGGGGUUACAGCAACUCAAGGUAUUUCAAAGGAAGGAGAGAGAAAAUAGAAGGUAGACAAAGAAAAGCGGAGGGGGCGUCCGCUGAAUACCUCACUGUCUAAUAGCCUUUGAACCUACCACAUGUAGGUGAGGGUGUUGGCGUAUAUCACUAUUAGUUUACAUGUGGUUUUAAUAACCUCAAAUCCUCAUUUCAUCCCUCCUAUUUGGUGCUAUCAAUGUCUGAACCUUCCGCAUGGGUGUUAUAUUACUCGACGGUACUUUAAUUAGUUUUCUCUCGUGAAUCCGAAAUCUCCUCACCCCCCCCCUUUUUUUAACCGAGAGUUGGUACAGUCCAGUACUCAAACUCGUGGAUGGUAAAUCAGUGAGGUAAACUUCUUCCAUCCACGCUGAGGAGUCAGGACGGCGUGAAGAGGCGUCCCGCAGACACCGACAGGACUCCAUCUCCACUGUAUUUGACCCUCCUAGAACACGGUUCCUUUCGCACUAUCACGGAAGGAAGAGAACGCUUUCUCUGUGUCGUGAAACGCGUUCGCUGAAUGGGACUCACAAGAGCGAGGCCCAUCCCAGACAGCUCUUCUUGGAUGCACUGUGUGUAUUACUGCCUUACAGGUAUUGUGGGCUGCUCUAGUUUUCCCAUUAGGUCCCUCUUUUUUUCCGCACACGCACAGUUUAUAUGAAGGACGAAUAAGUCAUUGAUUUGAACCAGCCUGUCGAUACGUGUGUUUAUUUGAACCUUGUCAUAUGAGUUGGCUGGUCAUGCACGGCCUCAUCAGCUGACACGACUUGUUCUUCCUCCCUCCUGAUUGGCUGCGGGGCGAGUCAUCGCAGAUGCAAAUUGAGACCCAUCCGACCUCAAAUGGUCCACAGACCGGCGUGUGGUGUGACAAAGAGGAGCAGCCUCACAGGGCUCAGCGGUCAGGAUACCUGAUACCUGAAAAGAAAACCUACCCUUAUUUUCAUGGAUGUUGUUGCGUUCACAAGUCUCUCUUCUUCCUGCCGCGGGAGCACAUUUACAGGGACGUAAAAGAGAAGAAAGAUCUUUAAACCAGGUUACUCCCUGUGUCUGGGUAAGUCCUAUUUCUUCCGGUUCAACCAUCCCGAGGAGGCGAGCAGAAUGAAGAGCAUGCUUCCACAAAAGAGCCCUGUGUCGGCUUUAGCCUACAACACAGACUAUUUGAAGUUUAGCAGUGACUAUAGCCAUGCGGUGGUGGGCGGCACCAACAGCGCUCGGGGCAUGCGAUCGGCCUCUGAGCUGCGGGACUUGAUGGACACACUGCAGCGCAAGAAGACGGCCCUGGAGAACAGCCUGAGAGCCAACGGGAAUGCAAACCCCUCCUACUUUAGCGUGACACAGUCACCCCCCACCACACCUGUCACGAGCCCUGCCACACCUUCAUCAGCCUACCAGGAGCAGGCGAGGCGGUUCUACGGCUCGGAUCGUGCACCCUGUCUUUCUCCUGGACGCCGGUCCGACCCGUCUUCCUCCCUAUCGGGCCGCGCCUCGGCCAGUCGCAGCCAGGACGGCCACGGCAUGAGCCGGUACAACCCGGGCUCCUCCUCUUUACUGUCCGCGUGGAAUGGUGGAGGCUCCACCGCCUCUGUUGAUGGAAGCAACAGCGCCCUGCUCUCUCUUCCUCCUCCCUCCUCCUCCUCCUCCCGCACUCCUUCAACGGGAGGGGCCGCGAGCAUGCCCUCCAGCCCCCGUCUGGGCCGGCGUAGCUACGGCAACCACCAAGAGACGGUGCCCAGCAGUAGGAGCCGGAAAUACUCGACAGGCUCUCUGAAUGGGAUGAUGGCAGGAGAGCACACUCGCUCGCUGCCCCGCCUCUGCCCCUUCCAAUCGGCCCGUGACAACAACAACGGAGCCCUGGCCCUGUCGACGCUGCCGCCGCGGCGAUCCAAUGUUGCCGGCGGUUACAAGUCCAGCAAGGACCAUUACAACGGCAGUCGGGUCGCCAGCCCCGACCUCAACCGCAACUCCAGUAAAUCCGCCCAGCCUCCCGCCAACAGGAAUCACAUUCCAACCACCGAUCAGGGUGAAAGUGUUGUUUCGAUCUCCCUCUCCUCCCCCAAGAACCUGCCCGCCACUACGCCCACCGUCGCCUCCCCGACCACCCCGCCUGACGUGACCAUCCCAUCCAGGACAGGGGGCUCCUCUUCUCCUCGUGUGGCCAAAAAGCUCAGCCUGACUUCCACCAGCUCCUUGGGCUCCACGAGUUCCAGCCCCCCGGAAAUGGACCGGCUGGCGAGCCGCGGACUGUACACGGGAGAGGGCCCGUCUGGGGUGGAUCAGGAGCUCACUGGGUCCUUCGGCUUUGGAUUCGGAGAGAGGAGGUGUUCAUUCGGGAAGGCAGGACUGGAACAUGGGAUGGGGCUGGGCGAGAGGAGGCAGUCAUUUGGAAAGGCGGGAGUGACCCCGCCAGGAGGCUUCAGGGAAAGAAGGGGGAGUAUCAGCUCACUGAGUGGGAAGGAGGAACUCACCGACUACCAUCAGCACCAAAAAGAGGAGAGACUCCGUGAGCAGGAGGUGGAAAGACUGGAGCGGCAGCGGCUGGAGACCAUCCUGUCUCUGUGUUCGGAGCUGGGCCGGUCGGCGAGAGAUGAAGGAGGCCCGUCCACAAGUCCCACUUCAGCUGUGGCGGAUCUCCGGAAGAUCAACCAGAAGCUCGAGAAGCUUCAACUGAACGACGACGAUGACGACGACGACACACCGUCGGUCUUUUCCGACUCUUCUGCUACCAAUGGAGCGAUGGGGAAUGGACACGUGGGCUCCCCUGGUUCGGAGAACGGUUACUGUGGUGAUGAUGAUGUACAGGUACGACGGAGGCGCAGCAGCGGCCACCGAGACAGCAGGGCGGAGUCCCCCGCCGUCAGUCUGCGAAGCUUUGCACCGUCACCUUCUCCACGUGCACAGAGGACCGCUGAGGCUGUAGACGACGCAGCCCGUCGCCGCGGACCUUCAGAGGAGGAAGUGAGGCGCGUGGAAGAGGAGAGGAUCCAGGUGCUGAACAACAUGGAGGAGCUGGAGCAGAAGAUCAAAGAGCUGGACAACCAGAUAGAUGAAUCUGCCCAAGAGGUGGAGCUGGAGCGAGCUCUGGUGGAGGCCGAGCAGGAGUCGGAGGUAGCUGCCCUGCAGCAGGAGAAAGAUGCUCUGGAAGCACUUCACGCCAAGAUGUCUGACCUGGAGACCAAGUCCCAGCUGGAAAAAGAAAAGGCGUGCGAGUUGCUACAGGCAGAGAGGGGCAGAGUAGAGAGGUUGGCUCAGAUUGUGUGUGAGCAGCGCUCCCAGCUGGACAGCUGCCCCGAGGCCACCAAGGAGCCCCUGCAGGAGCAGCUGGCAAGGGACUGCGAGGUGCUCGACGCGGAGUCCAAGCGCUUCGAGGACCUGGAGUUCCAGCAGCUGGAGAGAGAGAGCAGGCAGGACGAGGAGAAGGAGACCCAGACGCAGCAGCUUCUCCGGGAGACCGCCGACUACCAGCGGAGCACUUUCACCCGCAAGGAACGUCUGUUAACUCUGAAGAAGCAGGCAACACAGAUUACCCAGCAGGCUCAGCGAGAGAAGGAUAGUUUCUUAAAGGAGAGGAGCACCCUCGAAGCGAUGCUGCAGAGGGAGAAAGAAAACCUCGCCAUGCUGGAAAGGAAAUAUGCUGACCUCACUGGUGGCCGAGGUUUCACGCUGAGGGAGGGUGCAGCCCCUCUGGCUGACGUGUGUUUUAGUGACACAGCUUCAGCCGCAAUUUCUCCUCCCCCAGUCAACUUGUGCGCCCUCGCAUCCCUCCUCACCUCUGUUUCUCUCAAGAAUGCAGAGGGCUAUAUCACAGUCAGUGAAAUCAAUGAGCUUUACUCACAGCUCGGGGCGGACCCUAAACCCGCCCCUGCCCCCGCUCUGGCCAAUGGCUCUCCUGAGUCCGAGUCAAACUCCUCCCGUGACGACGACACCCCCAAACCACCGGAGGAUGAGCUUUGCCAUUCCUCCUCACCUGCUGCCUGUCCCUCCUCUUCUUCCUCUUCCUCCUCUUCCCACCUUCGUCCCCUCCCCAAAACACCCUCUGUGCACUGGCCAGAGAACAUGGUGUCUUAUAGAGACCCCUCCCCCCUCCCCGACUCACCCCCACCCCCCCUGCCUGUCAAAAAACGCCACCACCACCGACACAGGCAGCAUUUCCGUUUGAUGGAGGAGAGGAAGAGGUCUGACAGAGAAGUAGGUUCCCAUUUAAGUGACACAUUACCCAGGAAGAAAACCACACCCAUCACGACCCCCCAGUUUAUGUGUGCAACACUGGGACGCAGCUACCCAACCAAGGCCCAUCACCCGUUGGUGCAGAGCACAAGUUGCGGCAGCAUUCUCCCAAGAAUGUUCUCCUUAUCCAACAAGGAAUCUGACUCUCGCCGUCUGCAGAAAGGUCAGCCCGGCUCACGAGCGGCGUCCCAGAACAACGUCUACCUCGAUGCCUUUGGGUACCGUGACAACCAGGCCUUUGACACGAUGAGUGUGGAUAGCACGGACUCCGUCGACACCAGCAUCUCGGCCUGUUCACCUGACAACGUCUCCAGUGCCAGUACUUCAAAUAUGGUCAAGCUAGAGGAGAUGGAGCGCCUGCUCAGAGAAGCCCAGGCAGAAAAGAGCCGACUCCUCGAAUACAAGGAUCAAGAGAUGGAAGUGCGAAAACAGGCGCUGGACGAGGAGAGGAAAAGAAGGGAGGACCUGGAGAAAAGACUACAGGAGGAGACCAGCAGACGGCAGAAGCUCAUCGACCGGGAGGUGAAACUGAGAGAGAAACAGAGGGCACAGUCCCGGCCACUGACGCGGUACCUGCCGGUGCGAAAGGACGACUUUGACCUGCGCGCUCACAUUGAGUCGGCAGGCCACAGCACAGACACGUGCUUCCACCUGUCCAUCUCCGAGAAGACGUGCCGGGGCUACUUGAUCAAAAUGGGAGGCAAAAUAAAAACCUGGAAGAAGCGCUGGUUCGUCUUUGACCGCAACCGGCGCACGCUCUCCUACUACUCAGACAAGCACGAGGCCAAGCUCAAAGGAGUCAUCUACUUCCAAGCUAUUGAAGAAGUGUAUUACGAUCACUUAAAGAAUGCGCAUAAGAGCCCGAACCCCUCCCUGACCUUCAGCGUGAAGACUCACGACCGGGUCUACUACAUGGUCGCCCCCUCUCCGGAGGCCAUGAGGAUCUGGAUGGAUGUGAUCGUCACAGGCGCUGAGGGCUACACCCAGUUCAUGGUGUAGCGAGGGGAGCGGGCCACGCCAACGGGCCACCACUCCCCUCUGGCUUUAGGACUUGUUUUUUUGUUAUUCUCAUCUUUUGUUGAAGAAUGAACCCCGCUUCGUGACGCGUAGAGACAGCAGGCCCGAGUUGCCCGAGAUCAUGAUCAUUCUGCUGCGUUUAAGUGCCUGAUUUAGAAAAAAAGUGGGCGGGGUUUAUAAUAAUAUGUGAAGCGUUCAUGUGAAAUUGCGGGCAGAUACAAGAUAUUCAUUUGAACACUUUCAUGCACUCGUGCUCAAUCCCAGAGAAGUCGUAAAUAAUUAUGAUAUAAUCUUAAUUUUCUUUGUAGCAACAUGUUUCAAUGUGUAGAUUCCGUUAACGUCAUGCUGAGUCAGCCCGUUUGACCUCUACGGUAAGUCAUCAUUGACAGAAGAUAAGAGAUAAGAUAACAGAAAAACAGAUCAAACAAGUAAGAAAAAAAAACAUUUAGUCGGAAUUCGUUAGAGUACAGCAGUUGUGUUAGCACAGCUAAGUGCUCCACAAAGCCCAAACAAUUUGAACAUGUCAUGGAAGAGCUUGUGGUCUAUUAUGAGAUGACUUUAGACUGUUUCGUGUGUGUGUGUGUGUGUGUUUUAAUCUGCCUAAACAAUUCCCUGCGUACAGAGAAGUAGUUGAGGAAAUGUAUCUCAAUUUUCAACCUUUCUUUUCAUCUAAUUUCAUCAUCAAUACUGCGUUCUCAGGUCUUGACUGUGCGCAUGGGUGUGCAUGCAUGCAUCACAUGAUCAUGUGUAAAUUUACACAUGUUUUCUCUUCUAAGCGUGUGUUUUGCGUUCUAUUUACUGGGAGCCUCUAAUGGCGCUCCAAGGUGCUAUUCUUACAUGGUGAAUUACACCAAUAAGCCAAAAAGCAUCACCACAGAACAUAUUUCAAUUGGAGUGUAAUUAUUCCCGCAAUAGUGUUUUUGAAUGAAUCUCUGUGUUUACACAAGUGUAGGCGCAGAGCUGAAGCGCUAUUUAAACACAGUUAGGAUCAGGCUUGCUAUUUUCUAAUGUGAGGAGCUGGGUAAAUGAGCAUUAAGGAUGAUUCAUUUUAACAAAGGCACAAUAUUGUGAUAUUUGUACGUUUUGUUUCUAAGUUGUAGUCUGUUGACGAUUGUGAGGAUCCAUUAUCACCUCAGAACUUCUCAAAAAAAGAUUUUUUUUUUAAAUCAUUUUUGGCGAGACAGUAUUUUUUAAAUGAAUUAAUAUCUAUAUUUUUAAGAGCUACGUGUAUCUUUCUACAAUGCAGAACCGCCUCUGGUGGGGAAAAUCUACCAAUGUGGAAGCACGGCCCUGAGGGGUUUUGUGAGUUUAGGAAGAAGAAAGAAUCCACGGUACAUUUCACUUAAGAGGCGUCUAGUCAUCCAAACUGUAUGACUGUUGCUUUCAUUGCUUUUAUUACCACUAAUUCAAUGUUUUAGUUUAACUGACUAUUCCACAUUGAUUACCAAAGCUGCUUUUACAUUUCACAGCGUACUAUGUCUGAAUAAAUCAGUCCCCCGAUGGAUGCCUUUACCAUCUUGCCUCUUGGCAACGCUUUUUGUUUACUGACCAAAGUACAUGUAUGUGCUAUAAUGUAUAUGUGGUUUCUUUGCUUUGACUUCUCUUUGUUCAGUUUUCCGCCAACUAAAGGAACUGUUACAUGUGAAGCUUCCAUAAGCUGGAUUUUUUUGUGUUUCCUUCUUUUCCAACAAAUGUUUAUGUUGACUCGACUGUAUUUAUACUAUUAUACAAUGCAUGUUUUCUUAAUUUUGUAUUUCCAUAUGAAUAAUAAAAAUUAUAUAUUUUA